AAACAGCAGUCUGUCAGUUGAGAGCUAAGAAGCUACAGACAUUAAUAUACCUUUAGAGGAGCUUUUAAUGCUUUAUUUAACUAUUUAAACUGUCGAAAUGUAUCAGCGUUGAUUCAUGAACGUUGUUCGGAUCGUAUGUGAGUUAUUAGCAGUUUAAUUAUGCUGUGAUAGUCAACUUUAACUGUUAACGGACCACCGUGAGCUGCGGUGAAUUAGCUCCAAAUGCUAUUAAUGGCUAAAAACAAACGGUUUUAGUGUAUUUUAUGUUAUUAAACUCCUCUGUUUCUCUGUGAAUCUACUCAAGCAGAUGAUCUCUCAGCUCUUCAUCCUGUCCUCAAAGGGAGACAACCUCAUCUACAAAGACUUCCGCGGGGAGGCAGGAAGUGAUGUCAUCAACGUUUUCUACGAGAAGGUGACGGCGCUGCCUGGAGACCAGCCCCCUGUCGUCAUGAAUCACGGAGAUCUUCACUUCGUCCACGUCAGGCAGGGCGGGCUGUACUGGGUCGCCACGACGACCGCUGACUCCUCCCCCUUCAGCAUCAUCGAGUUCCUCAACAGGUUGGCGUCUCUGGUGAAGGAUUACUGCGGCGCUCUGACGGAGAAAGCGGUGCAGAUGAACUUCGCUCUGAUCUACGAGCUGCUGGACGAAGUCGUGGAUUAUGGGUACGUUCAGUCGAUGUCCUCUGACGUCCUGAAGAACUUCAUCCAGACUGAAGCCGUCUCUCCACGACCUUUCAGCCUCUUUCAGCUCAGCAACGUGGGCCUGUUUGGAGCAGAGACGCAGCAGAGUAAAGUGGCUCCGAGCUCAGCAGCCAGCCGACCAAUCCAGAGCAGCCGAGAGCAGGGAGGGAAGAGCGAGAUAUUUGUGGACGUGAUCGAGAGGAUGUCUGUCGUCAUCGGAUCCAACGGAGUUUUAAUGAAGGCAGACGUGGAGGGAGAAAUCAAAGUCAAGUGCUACAUGCCGAACUGCUCAGAGAUGCGGAUUGGUCUGAAUGAGGAGUUCAGCAUCGGCAAGUCACAGCUCAGAGGUUACGGAGCAGCCGUCAGAGUGGACGAGGUGAGCUUCCAUCAGGCUGUGAAACUGGACGAGUUCGACAGCAGCAGGAUCCUCAGACUGAGCCCCAGCCAGGGAGAGCAAACAGUGAUGCAGUACCAGCUGAGUGAUGUUCUCCCGUCAGCGCCUCCUUUCCGUCUCUUUCCCACCAUCGAGAGAGACAGCGGGGGGAAGCUGCUGAUGUACCUGAAGCUCCGCUGUGAUCUGCCUCCGAAAAGCGCUGCCAUUAACCUCUGCGCCUCCAUCCCCGUCCCCAAAGGAUCCGUGAGCAUGUCUCUGGAGCUCAGUUCUCCGGAUCAGAGCGCUGAGCUGAAGCUUCAGAGUCGAUCCAUCGAGUGGACGAUCCCACGCUUCCCCGGAGGAACACAGCUGUCCGCUCUGUUCAAGGUGGAGGUCCCUGGCCUCUCGCCCUCCUCCCUGAUGGAGGUGGGUCCGAUGGUUCUGAACUUUGAGCUCCCGAAGCUCACGGUGUCGGGUCUUCAGGUCCGGUUCCUCCGUCUGAGCCCGGUGCAGCCCGGCCCGGCGCAGCGCUGGGUCCGCUACGUCACGCACUCUGACUCCUACAUCCUCAGGAUAUAAACUCUGAUCAGCUGUUAUUGUAUAAAUCCAUUAUUUAUUUUAUUACAUGUCUGUAAAUAAAUGUAAUAUAA